CAAUUCAUGCUAAUGCAAAACAUAUAAGGCUUAAGAAAAUGAAGUACUCAUCAGUAUCUUGGUUUCUUUGCAAACUAUUAUUAGUUUAUCUUCUUUCAUUCUCUAUCCAAACUUCUCAAGCUAAUCCUCACAACAACUUUCUUCAAUGCUUCUCCAAACAUAUCUCCAACAACAAUACAUCACUUGCCAAACUCAUACACACUCCAAAUGACUCUUCAUUUAUCUCCCUUCUAAAUUCAACCAUACAGAACCUUAGAUUCACUUCUCCAACACCAAAACCACUAGUUAUCAUCACACCUUCAAAUACAUCCCAUGUCCAAGCCUGUGUUUUAUGUUCCAAGAAAUAUGGCUUACAGAUUCGAACUCGAAGCGGCGGCCAUGACUUUGAGGGUGUCUCCUAUGUGUCUAAAGUCCCAUUUGUGAUAUUAGAUAUGAGAAAUCUACGUUCAAUCAUUAUAGACGUAGAUAACAAAACUGCAUGGGUUGAAUCUGGAGCUACCUUGGGAGAACUUUAUUAUAGGAUUGCUGAGAAAAAUGAGAAUCUUAGUUUUCCUGGUGGCUAUUGCCAUAGUGUUGGGGUAGGUGGGCAUUUCAGUGGAGGAGGCUAUGGAGCAUUGAUGCGAAAAUAUGGCCUUGCAGCUGAUAAUGUCAUUGAUGCUCACUUAGUCAACGCUGAUGGAGAAUUCGUUGACCGAAAAUCAAUGGGAGAAGAUUUGUUUUGGGCCAUUCGUGGUGGUGGUGGAGCAAGCUUUGGAAUUCUUCUUGCUUGGAAAAUUAGAUUGGUUCCUGUGCCAUCUAAGGUUACUGUAUUAUCAGUUAGUAAGAACUUGCCGAUAAAUGAAACUGUGAAAAUUUAUAAUAAGUGGCAAAAUAUUGCUCACAAGUUUGACCAAGAUUUGUUGAUGGUAGUUAGGUUCUUAACUGUGAAUUCUACUGAUGAGCAUGGGAAGAAUAUGACAACAAUACAAGCUACAUUCUUUUCUAUUUUUCUUGGUAGAGUGGAUAAGUUUCUUUCCUUGAUGCAAACUAACUUUCCUGAGUUGGGUGUAGUAAGAAAAGAUUGUUUUGAAACGAGUUGGAUUGAAAUGAUCUUUUUCUUCAAUGAAUUCUCAAGUGAGGAUAAAUUGGAGGUUUUGCUCGAUCCAACAAAUGUAGUAAAGGGUUAUUUUAAGGGGAAACUAGACUACGUUAGGAAGCCAAUUUCAGAAAUUGUUAUGGUCAAACUUUUGGAAAAGUUAUAUGAAGAAGAUGUAGGAUUGGCAUAUAUUCAAAUGUACCCUUAUGGUGGUAAAAUGAGCGAGAUUCCUGAAUCUGCAAUUCCAUUCCCACAUAGAGCUGGAGUUAUGUACAAAAUUUUAUAUUGGUCUCAGUGGGAAAAAGAAGAAGAAAGUGAAAGGCAUAUGAAUUGGGUUCGAAGUGUUUAUAAUUACAUGACUCCAUACGUGUCCAAAAAUCCAAGAGCUUCAUAUAUUAAUUAUAGAGACCUAGAUUUGGGAACAAAUAAUGAAAAAGGUCCUAUAAGUUAUGAACAAGCAAGCAUUUGGGGGAAAAAGUACUUCAAUAAAAAUUUUAAGAAAUUAGUUCAAGUGAAAACCAAGGUUGACCCGACUAAUUUCUUUAGGAACGAACAGAGCAUUCCACCUUUAUCUCCACGAUUUCUCUAAAUGCAUAUAUUUAUAUACAUAUAUAUAUAUAUAAAUGUUAUAAUUUACUAUUAAUUAAUGUUGUAUUGUAAUAUUUAUACGUACCGUUUGUUUCUUCAUGUAUCUAUACAAUAAAUUAAUUUGUGUUUCUUCGUCAUGAUUUAUAAAAAAUAAAAAUGUUUGCUUUCAGUAUCAAA